AUGGUCAACCAAGCACCGGCGGUGGCCAGCCUCACAACAGAGGACCUCUUAUGUCCUCUAACGACCAUCCGUGAUACCCUUCUCCGCCCCGACUCUGAUACCAUCCCCAUCCCUAAACUCCGCGCCCUCCUCGCCCGAUAUAAACAACACAUAUCCACACCAUGGAAUCCUUACGAGCGCCGGUCAAACACUGCUCGCGAGGCGAUCAAGAAAGCGACCUUUACCCUGCCCCAAACGGAAGUCGCGUUCACAGUCGCCGACAAUGUGAGGAAGAUCGCCUUGGAGGUGUCGGAUCUGCUGGAUAUGGACGAAUCCGCCGCUUUCUUGGCGACGAGGUCAUAUCUAGACUAUAGCUUGGACGAAGAGACGAGUGAAGAGAGGAUUGUGGAUAGGGUGGUGUUGUGGGUAGCGGAGGAGACGCUUGCGGUGCCUCAAAUCGCGCUGGCAGUCCUCAAGCUCUCGGACGACGAGACGCCUUUGGGGAACCUGGCAUAUGAUGUGAGGGUAGAGGCGAUUGGAGAGCCGGAGAAGUAUAUUGAGGGGCUCUUUAGGGGUUUUAGUGUAUUGGCGCAGAAGGAGGUCGAUGAGAAGAAGAGGAAGAUGGACGCUUUGUUCUGGGCUACACUCCAAUUACGCCUACAAGAGAUCCUUCUCAACCUCCUCUUUGUCCUCGUCUACCAAAUUCCAAAGAGGUCUGCUGGUAUCUCCGAAGGCCUCAUUCGUGGAUGCGUCAUGUCUGCGUUUGGAACAUCGCAAGCCAAUGGAGAUAUAUGGGAGGAGAAUUCAGAGGCUCAGGCUAUUGCGCUGAGAAUACGAGACUUGAUGGUCGUGAUUGCCAUUGAAAGUCUCUGCCUCGGGCAAAUCAUCUCCCCUCCAGAUCCUCUCGAAUCUCUCGACCUCAACACCCUCAUCCAAUCCCAAAAGACGAUUGCCUCUGUGCACGAUUUCCUUGUGGAACAAUCUACCGACUUAGAACCUCACAUCCCCGAAGCCGCACCCGGUACAGUCCCGCUCCCUCUUUGGCCAAUGCCAAUCAUCUGCCUUGUUUGGUCUAUGGUACUUAGGUCGCUUGAUCCUGCGGUAGCACCAUCGAGCACUGUAGAUGGAGCUACGACGUGGCAGGGAAUGGCCAUCAGGGCUUUGCGGCUGCCUUCGGGUCUUUUCCCUUGGGUGGAGACAAUUCUGAGUGGAUCAUUGGUUGAAGGCGCACUUCAGGGGACUGGGGGCGAAGAGGGCGCCUUCUACCGGAAGGUUUUCAAAGGCAAGUUGAUGCGCAGCGAUCAGACAGGAAACUUACGAGUCUUUACAGAUGUCUUGGUUGGCCUGACAGAAUUGGUGCAGCUGGAGAGUAUCGCCGACCGGCCGGGAUUGUACAGGAGUUGGGAGUUGCUGUUUGGUGGUGGAUCACCAUCGGCUUCUUCUCUCAGUGCAGCAGAUUUCUGGAUAGCCGACUUCCAAUACGAGGAACGACGAGCCGUACUCGACCGUAGUCACUUCCCAUACCAGCCGACCAACCUUCCCCGAACCCUCGCAGCAUUGACUGGUCAAGGCGAACCAGAUGUCUUUGGCACUGAUGCCGCAAGCCAGGUGCAUCACUACUUUACCAACCUGCCUUCAAUCACGCACGCGUAUGAGUCGGCGUGGUGUAGAGGUUUGGGGACCGAGGCGGGGGUGGAGGUUGUGGAGGCGGCCCAAACAUUGGUGCUGCCUGGCGGCGAGAGUAUUCCCCGAGGUUCCAAAGGUGUCAUAAUCUUUGAGAAUGGGUCCUCUCAGGUCAUGUGGGUGAACCAGAUCAUCUCUGGUUGGUCUCUCCUGUUGGAGAUCCUUCAAGCUGCUGCAGGUCUUCGUCCUAUCGACGAGAAAACGCAAGCGAGCGCCGAUCACUUAGAGGAUAGCGGCUACCUGUCUGUCAGAGACCUUGACAUCCAACAACCGUCGGCAGAAAUCCUUGCCGCUGGCUUGAAACUGUUUCGAAACAUCCUCCACGCUACUCCAUAUCUCAAAGCCACUUUCCUUACGCAUCUCAUCCCCGAAGAGCACAUGUCUUCGGGCCAAGCGUUGCUACAACUCGCGCUUACGGUGCUUCAUCAAAGCCGUAUCGCCGAGCUGGCAAUGGACGUUGGUGUGGUAUCGGAUGCUGUCGAUGUGGUCGAGGCGCUGAUCACUACCCCUUCGAGUAACGUUUGGCCUGCUCUAAGAGCAUCAGGUUUCUUUGACGCCAGCGGAAAGCGGAAGGCGAGCGUAGCAGGGCUGGUACAGGCGGAGAGCGUCCAAGGUCACCACCACCUUACAACGUCGCUCUUGAGGCUGAUUCUCACUCUGGCCCAAAACGCCUUGCACGUGCCUGAAGCCGAUACAGUCAUUUUGACUUCUGCUCUUAGGCUGGUGUUCUUUGAUAUCUGGAACAACUUUUUGACGUGGAGGUACUCGGAUGUGGCGAAAAAGUACGAGCUGUCGUCGCUGGUGACCGCCAUCUUUGACACUGUCUUAUCCCAUCCAUUGUCGCCCAACUCGGAAAAGCCUGCACCCGCGGCUCAAAUUCUCAUUGACCUCUUCAUAUCAUCCACAUCCCCUCUCACCUACCGACCCCUCAUCGAAGCUGUCACGCAAUCAAACCUCCUCGUACCCAGGCUGAUCAACUCGCGGCGGCCUGCAGAUGCUGAGCUGGUAGUCAAAUGUCUCGAUGAGACCAUGUCUUUCCUCGCCACCCUUUUGAGGGCUUCCUUCCUCAUCGGCUCGCCAUCGAGUGCUCUACCGAAAUCUUUGCUCGCCCUACCCGUGUCCUCGGCUGAUCUGAACAAGAUUCAGCUGGUAGACUCUCUCUUUGAGAUUGCUUCUACGCCCAUGACACAGACGAGCAACGUCUUGAGCGUCCUGGUCACACUCAGAACUUAUAUUGAGGUCACUGGCGGAGAGGCUCAAAGACCUUCAUUGGCGAGCAUGCUUCGUAGCCCUUCGAAGACCUUUGGCGACAUUGUCGAAGCCUCGCAAAAGUCUGAUGACUUUGACGUCAAGGCUGCUACAUGGCAUCUUCUUGCCAGUAUCGUCUCAAAUCAACCGGGUUGUGUGCUUUCGGUCCUUGGUCAUAACGAGAACGAGCUCACGGGCCCUCUGAAAGACGCUGUCGCAGAGGUGGAAUCUUGGGAGGAGAUCUUCCGGGAUGCCCCGCACCUGAUCGCCGCUGUACUGAAUUUCAUCCAGUCGGCGCUGCGGUCAGCAGGCGCGGACAGUGCAAUUGGCAUCCUGAGAAAGAACAAGCAAUUUUGGCAGAAUGUCUUUGAUCUGUCUACUCGGAUUGUUCCCGCUCCGCCAUCAUUCGCCUUGUCACUGCACUCUGAAGACUUUGUCCCUCGAAUCAAACGUUAUGCUUAUUCGGUACAAGCCAAGGCUAACGCCACGUCUCUCCUUGCGGCAGAGUUGGCGUAUGCCAUGAACAAUGACGAUGAGGAUGAGCCGGAGACGAAAGCGAGAGAGUUGGUGUUGAGUCUGUUCAGGAACGACCUGGCGUUGCAAGAGGCAGGGCUCAUGGCUUGCCACACCAGCUGUGUGCCUCAGCUGCAUGAAGAGCAAGAGCGGAAGAUCGAUGAGUGUGGCGGUAACCUGAAUGUUUUGAAGACGGCGAGAGUCGGGUGUGAAAGAGAGUUCGGGCAAUCCUACCUCUACGAUGGGGUGAUCACUGUCCCGGAAUCUUCCUCGAAACAAGCUACGGCUAAUUCAGCUCUCGAUCUUCUAAACCUCAAUUGGUCGAUGCUCGACGCAGACAUAGCCCUUACCCGGUCCUUCCGUCUUCUGACUGAGAAUAUCGCGGCUUGGGCCGAAGGAGAUGCUCUGGCAAUGACUGCAGCGAUUAAGGCAUCCAUCGCCAUCGCCGAGAACGUUGCCGGGGAGUACAGGGAAGGGGAUAUCAUGCUUGCUAUCCAGGUGGAGCGACUGUCAAUUCUCGCAGUACUACUGGAGACGGCUUUAGACCCGCAGGAGGAGCACAAACCUGAUACUCUUCUUGUCCAACGUCUCUCGACAUACAUCUACAGCGUCAUCAAUAGCCACAGCUUCCCUCCCAUAAUAUCCCUGCGCCAACCCGACCUUCCUGCUAUCCACCAGCCGGCACUGAGAAUACUAUUCCUCUUGCUGCAAUACUUAUCCUCCUCUGAGAGCACUGCGUCCAGCGUGGCUUCUCGCGAGGCAAUUGUGGAUGCCGGGACCGUGUUCGCUCUCGAGUCUGCGGACAUUGUCCUCGACUCUAUUGUGCGGAAGGUUCAACCGGCCUUCGUCCCCAUCCUCAGCAUGGUGGUGGGAGUCAUCUGCGCUAUCAGCCGACUAUCGACGUCAGCCAACACCUGGCUCGAUCGUGUCCAGGGCGUGAACCUCGUCAGCCGGAGCCUGGAUGUCCUUGUGAAGGCUCGAAUCACCGAUGGGCAGAUCCCUCUCCAUAUUUCGAGCAUCUUGCUACUUCAUCUCGCCCUCGCUGGCAACCCCUCAUCGGCCGAGAAGCUUGCAGUGUCGGGUAUCCUCCCAGCUUAUUCUGACAAUGCUAUCAUCGCCGAAGCCGAGAUGGGAAAGAUCGAGGCGCCUUCUAGUCAAGGGAACACGGUGCACGACGCUUGGUGCGGCAUGCUUCUAGUCGUCAAGGCGCUUCUCGCAACUUUACCUGAUACUGCCUCUUUCACGCGCACAGACAUCGUUCCCUUCCUUCGGGUGUGCUCAGCGCAGAUGCAAAGGGCAUUUGCUUGGAACGGGGAGACACCUCUAUCCAUUCCGGCAUUGGAGGAAAUGGAGUUGGUUGUCGAUAUUCAGUAUGGCGUUGCUUGCGCUCUGGGGCCCAGGUCCCUUGACGACUAUGCCGUCCCAGCUCUUGCUUUGCUGAAAGGCAUCCGCUUUGCCUUUUCCCAUCCUCGCCUCUUCUCAACACUUGUCGUACCAUCGUCUGAGGAAGAGAGAGAAAAGCUGGAAGAGGAGCUUGCUGUGGUGGAGGAGAAGCAAGAUGUCGAUCUGCUAGACGUGAGGCGCACACCCAUCAUUGCCGGGCGAGCUACCACUCUCUUGCGCUUGCUUCGGACCAUCAUCCUCACUCUCACCGUCCUCACCAGGUCGUGGGAAGCUCUGCGAGAUGCGAUCGAGUCUGAGCGUAUUGAAGACUUUAUCCUUCUGCCAGAGGACGAAAACGCAAGCGGUACUUCGUCAGACCCUGUGGGCAUCAUCAAUGACAUCUACGUCAUUGUGCAAAACAUCCUCGAGCGGCUGCCAUCUUUGACGCCCACUCUUGGUGGCCAUUAUAAUAUGACACCGUCGGCGAGUGCAACGCAGCAAAUACGCGACAUCGCCUCCCAGCUCCUGGAGUCAACCGCGCUUGUCUCCUAUACGCAGCUGUCAUUGCGACAUGCUCUCCUUUCACCGGAGGAAAGGGGCUUUGAAACUGAGGAAGUUGGGAUGGAUCUGGAUGGUGAAGGUUCUACGACCAAGAGAAGGAUGUCACUGUCUCAGGGUGGGAGCAAGGAGGGCAUGGUGAUCAGAGAGCUGGCGGGGGACCUUCGUGGCAUGCUGAUUGGAGAAGGUGGCAUGAUGGGUGUACUGAGGAAUAUGGCCGAUAGAGCUUUUGGGGUGGAGGGGGAAGAGCCAUAG